GUUUCUGACAGCCAAUCUAUUUCCGCCUGUUUACAUUCUUUCUCUUCCAAUAUCCUCGAUUGAAACAACUGCACGCAUUUCGUUGCAGCAUUUAAAUUCGAUCAAUUUCAGGAGUAUUACGAUAAAAUGGCCAAGCGUACCAGGAAGGUCGGAAUCGUCGGUAAAUAUGGUACCCGAUAUGGUGCCUCACUGCGUAAAAUGGUGAAAAAGAUGGAAAUCACCCAACACGCUAAGUAUACCUGCACUUUCUGUGGAAAGGAUGCCAUGAAGCGAUCAUGCGUUGGAAUCUGGUCCUGUAAGCGAUGCAAACGCGUAGUUGCCGGUGGAGCAUGGGUGUACUCUACUACUGCGGCCGCCUCGGUACGAUCGGCUGUUCGUCGUUUGCGUGAACUGUAAAGUGUUAGCUGUUUCCCAUGGAAUUGUAAUUUGUUUUACGAAAUUUACCAGGAAGUUUUGUUUCCAUGGUAAGGCAAACUCUGGAAAAGGGAUGUAGAACAAUACAAGAUCAGAACAACUUGGAUCCAUCGGGAAAGAA